GACUUGUCUGAAAUAACGAAAUAAUAUUUUUUUUUUUAAAUUAUUUACCAAGGGAAAGUACUCUCAUGAACAAAAUGCCAUAAAAUAGUUAAAGUUGGUCCCCUACAUAGAGUGGAGUGCUUGAUGGCACCUGUAGAGCUGUGUCUGUGUACACGUCGCAGCCCAACUGGUGAGGAAUGUCUGAGCUGUUUGCGUACAGCAUACUUGGUCGGCCUGAUGAUGGAGCCAUGUUUGUGCCCAUGGAGAUGCUGACUAGAGAGGAGAGCUUCUGUACUCAAGAGAAUCUUUUACUUUCCAUAGCUUACAUCAAUCAGGAGUUCCAGUUGCUGCGCUUCCCCUGCCUGCAGUAUGGUGAGCAGAAAUCAGACAUCGUGUUCUUCAUCAACCGCCUUCAUGACCUGCUCAAGCUGUACCAUAAGUCUCAGUCUGUCAGAGAUGAACUAGAGAACAAAGUUCAUAGGUUGACCAGUGAAACUGACCACUACAAAUCUGCCCAGUUGCGCAUGAGCAGACAGCAAGAACAGACAGACAGAGAGCUUGGCCAGGAGAGGGAGAAACUUCGACAGCUCAAUGAGAAAUACAAGCAAGUCUUUAUCAAACUGAAGGCAGAACAGGAGGAUGUGAAAAGGUUGAAAGCUGUUCUCCAGUCCAAGGAGGUUCACUACAAGCAUGAGCUGAAGAAGAAGGAGAGAGAGGUCAACAAGCUCAAAGAGAGGCUCAAUCAGCUGUUGUCUGACAAAGCUCCUGAGAGAAAAAUAGGAAUGGAUCUAAUGAAUGUAGUGAGCCAUACUGAAGGUCGAAGGUCAACUUGGAAGUCAGUAUCUGGAAAACAUGAUGAGGAAGUGUUCCGUCACAUGAUCAGCAACCUUGAAGAGAAACAAAAUGAGCUGCUGCUUGAGAAUGGGGAGUGGAGGGACUGUGUGCUGGUUAUACAGAGGGAAGUCACAGCACUGCUCCACAAGGCAGUGAGAAACAUACCUAAGACUGGCCGCCAUGAAUCCCCCACCUCCACAGAUGAAGAUCAGCCAACAAUCCCUGACCUUGGUGAAGGCUACCAGCAGAUGCCCUGUGAGUUUGUCAGGCUGGACAUUGAGAGGACUGUUGGAGACGCGUGUAAAAAGAUCUCUAGGAUCAUCAAGAAACUUGCAGGACAAAAAAUAAAAAGUCCAGUGCAAGUUAGUACCAGCAGACCAUUUGUAGGACACAAGCAGGACAUGUCCUCCCGGAGACACACACAGGACAUGUCCUCCAGGAGAAAUUCACAGGACCAUCUAGAGUUGGAGAAGCUGCGGAAACGAAUGAGCAACUACAAAUUGAUCAUACAGCAACAGGAGGAUUUGAUCCAGCAGUCCCUGCGAUCCCAGAGCCAGUCUCUAGAGAGCAGCUCCCUGCAGCAGACACAGCUGCAGCUGGAGAAGGAGGACUUGUCUGAACAGAGGAAACAGCUGCUGGAGGAGAAAAGAGUUUUAGAGAGAGAGAAGCAGUUGCUGAGAGAAGUCGGACUAGGACCAGAGAAGAAAGUUGUCCAAGAGCAAAAGACCAGCAGCCACAACAAGCAGGAGCUUCUCAGCACAAGUCCACUGAAAGAGUUCCAUGUUAGAACUGGAGGUGGAGCCUCGCCCAGACUUCUGCCAGCCACACCUGUGCCGACCACACCUGUAGUGACCACAUCUGUAGUAACCACAUCUGCAGUAACCACACCUGUAGUGACCACAUCUGUGCUG